UUUAUUAUGUCGCUGUUAGGGAGGGGUGAGUCGACGACAUGUCAGUUAUCACACACAAACACGCACUAAAUAACAGAAAUCUGAAACUCCCAACGUUCAACAUCUCUCCUUAUUCCUUCUAACAAACUCCUCUUCAACCAAACUACCUACGCGCAGCUCCCUCUUUCCCCAACCACGCGCCUCCCUUCACCACCACCACACCCAAUCUCAUAAUUUCCACCUCCCAUUUUUUCUGUUUUCCUAUGCUAUUAUUCAGGCCCUGUGUAGUAUGGGCGGUGUGACGUCAUCCAUCGCCGCGAAAUUUGCCUUUUUCCCACCGAACCCGCCAUCGUACACGGUUGUCGCCGACGAGUCAUGUGGCGGCAAGCUAUGCAUACCUGAGGUACCAAGGAGGGAAAACGUGGACGUUUUGAAGCUGCGCACGCGCCGUGGAAACGAAGUCGUCGCGUUAUACGUGAAGCACCCAAAGGCACCCGCAACUACGAUGCUUUACUCGCAUGGCAAUGCUGCUGAUUUGGGCCAAAUGUUCGAACUCUUUGUUGAAUUGAGCCUCCGUCUCCGGGUCAAUCUCAUGGGGUAUGAUUACUCUGGAUAUGGACAGUCCAGUGGAAAGCCAUCCGAGUGUAAUACGUACGCAGACAUUGAUGCAGUAUAUAAAUGCCUAAAGGAGCAGUACGGUGUCAAAGAUGAACAGCUAAUACUGUAUGGUCAAUCUGUUGGCAGCGGCCCGACUGUUGAUCUUGCAUCACGGGCACCCAAUUUAAGAGCUGUUGUUUUACAUGGUCCAAUAUUGUCUGGUCUAAGAGUGUUGUACCCUGUCAAACGCACAUAUUGGUUUGACAUUUAUAAGAAUGUCGACAAAAUUAGUAUGGUGAAUUGUCCUGUUCUAGUCAUUCAUGGAACGGAGGAUGAAGUUGUUGACUGUUCCCAUGGAAAACAACUCUAUGAGCUAUGCAAGGAGAAGUAUGAACCGUUGUGGAUUGCUGGAGGUGGGCAUUGCAAUCUUGAGCUUUACCCAGUGUACAUCAAACAUCUAAAAAAGUUUGUUCUUGGUCUUGGCAAAUCAAAACCGGCCACUGAUGGUUCUCAUAAAACAUCUGUAGAGUCUGAUAACAAGAGCAAACCUCCUGAAAUUACUGCCACGAACACAUCUGACCUUCCAGAAAUUUCCAGAAACAGUUUGGAUAGCCGACUUGAUAAGACAAAGAAGUCAAACAAACCUGAGAAGUCUCGGAUGAGCACAGAUCGUAUAAACAGGUUUAAGAGAAGAAAGGGAUUAGUGUGGUGAUAACUUUUGCAUAGAGGGUAUUUAUAUUUUAUUUUGUAAAAUAUUGAACCGAGAUGAGCUUAAAUGGAGCGACAUUGACAUAAGAAUUCAUAUAGCUGAUCCCAACGUGCUUGAGAUUGAGGCACAAUCGUUUUAAUGGAUGAGCUCCAACUCCAAAUACAAUGUUGAGUUUGAUUAUAGUUGUAAAUAAUUGCAUCUGUCUCGUUCUAGAGGUGAAGUUGUAAAAGAAAAAUGUAUUCUACUUCCUUUUCCCCCCUGUAUCAUCAAAUUUUCAACUGUCAUUCUACUAUGAAAACCUUAUAAUUUUCUGCUG